AAGGAAGCAGUUAGGAGUUGGCGAGGUUAAGUUAACAAGAAAAAGGAGUCUAAGUUCUUUAAAACAGGCGUCAAGUUGUCAACUUAAGGUUAAUUUUGUAGACUUUGUAAAAGGAGCAGUGAGCUAGAAAGAGAAAGUUAAAAAAAAAAAAAAAGAACAAGUGUUUCUAGACAGAGAAAGAGAGUUAGAGAAAGCUUGGGUUUGAUGCAGAUUUACUGAAAGGUUAUGGACGGUGGACCAAAACUUGAGAGGGUGAAGAAGUAAUGCUAAGAAAAUGGGAAAGAAAGGGAGUUGGUUAUCUGCCAUAAGAAGAGUUUUUACCCCAAAUUCUUCUUCCAGGGACAAGCUUAUUACUGGGCCAGAAAACAAAACAUCUCAAAAAAAGAAGAAGGAACGGAGAAGACUUAAGCAUGGAGAGUUCAAAUCAUUUAUUCCCCUCUUUAGAGAACCAAGUAGUAUUGAGAAAAUAUUGGGAGAGGCAGAUGAGCAGAAGCUAUUUGUUCCUCUCUAUUCUGAACAACAAAAAAUUACUUCUCCUCCUAGACUACCGCCAAUAUCUCCAAGGGUUACUUCUCCAAAGACUACCGCCUGUAGAGCUGUUUUUCCAGGGCAUUCACCUCCAAGAGAAGCUUCUCCAAGGGUUGCAUCCCCAAAGCAUGACCCCGUACAAGUUUGCUCCCAACAAGCUGGCUCUUCCCAUGUUACCCCUCCAAAACCAAUAUCUCCAAAGGCUGCUUCUUCUAAGGUGAUCCAGGACCACAGAGAAACCAUCUACAAACAUAGAGCAGAACCGACUUUACAAGUGCUUCAUCUCUCAGCUACUACGAUCCAGUCAAUCUUUCGGGGUUACAUGGCAAGGAAGAGUUUCAGAUCCUUGAGAGGUGUACUAAGGCUUCAAGGAGUGGUUAGAGGCAAUAAUGUCAAAAGGCAAACAGCUAAUACCAUGAAACAGAUGCAGCUUUUUGUUAGGGUGCAGAAUCAAAUCCGAUUACGUAGGAUCGAAAUGUUGGAUAACCAAGAACCCCAAUGGCUGGCUUUCAAGAAUUAUAAGGAUGGGGAGAGUACCUUGAGCAAAUGGUCCAUUCGGUCUGAGGCAGGCGACAAUGAGAAUUGGGAUGGUAGCAGGCUAUCUAAAGAUCAAGUUGACCAAAGACGAAGAAGAAAAGUAGAGGCAGUCAUGAAAAGAGAAAGAGCUAUGGCCUAUGCAUAUUCUCAUAAGCUCUGGAAAGCCAGUCCUAAAUCAACAACGAACAACGGAUCAAACAGCUUUCCCUUGUGGUGGAAGUGGUUAGAGCACCCACUCCCUUCUGCAAACCAUUCCGAAAGCCAAUCUGCUGCGAAAAGUGUGAAUCUAUCACCGGAAAGGGCAAUUUCAGAGUGUACACCGAACCAUCUACGCAAAGCGACCACCUGCAGAAACCUGUAUAGCGAGUAUGGGAAUCUUGAAGCAGAUACUCCAACAUCAACAAAGUCAUCGGUUCCAAUGAGAGCGAAACUCUUUCAUUACACUCCCGGCAGAACGCCUCAGUACUCCUCAAGCCUAGGAAAAUAUGCUCAUUCAGGAGCCAGAACGGCUGCUUCGACUUCUCGGUUUCCUUUGAAGGACGAUGACAGCCUAACGAGCUGUCCUCCCUUUUCUGUUCCAAAUUACAUGACGCCUACCAUUUCAGCCAAAGCCAAAGCGAGACAGAGGGAGGGAAGCGUGGGAACCCCAUCUAGUCACACGAUGAGGAGGUCAUCCUUCCCUUUGACUUCAAACAUGGGGUCUUUCAAGUGGAACAUAGGGUCCAGCAAAGGUGCUGCGUCUCUUAAGGAAUGCGAUGGAAGUGCAGAUCGGAUGAGCGUGAACUCUACUGUUUCCAUGCCAGCUACAGUUGGUAGGAAACCAUUCAAAAGAUUUGUAUGAUCAGACUGUUCGGUGUUUUCGUCGUCAACAUUUGUAGUGUUAUGUUAACCUCAUCUGCGCUGGUGUAUGUAUGGUGGUAUGUUUAUUAUUCCCAAAUACUGAAAUACAACAAUGGAAGUAGGGAACGUGCUGCAUGUAGUUUAAUCUUCAUAGUAGUGUUCAUUUUGUAACAUUUCAUCUUUGGAAUUUGGGUCAAUGUCUAAUUUGUUGGAAGUUUUAGCUUCAAAUGGCAUUCAAGUGGUCACAUUGGUAGGAGGUGGGGUCUCCAUCCUCUUCUGGCCUGGCCAGUCUAAACUCUCCCAGGCAGAGCGCCCGUACUCUCGUGGAUCCUCGAGGUGAAUGGAGACUUUGAUAACUUGUGUCUUGUCUCGCUGUCGUUUUCCCCGACUCUUUCUUGGAGCUCAUUCAACUUGGCCUCCAUGUGGACCAUUCUUUUAUCCUCACACCGGUGUUGCCCCAUCUUAAUCGGAUUCGUGCGGAAGUCUGUGAAUAGCAUA